AUGUUGAAAGGAGUCAAUCCAAAUCAUUUCAACAAUUUUUAUGAUUCCGGUGAGAAUCGAUUUUCAGUUAUAAAAUCAAGUCCAACUCGAUAUGAUACAAUUGAUGAUGAAGUUUACAGCACCGAUGAAUUCCGAAUGUAUGCUUACAAGAUCAAGAAAUGCAAUAGAACCCGCAGCCAUGACUGGACUGAGUGCCCCUACGCCCACCGCGGUGAGAAGGCGACGCGGCGGGACCCAAGAAAGGUGCUCUACACAGCCAUUGCCUGCCCAGCAUUUCGCAAUGGACAAUGCCUUAAAGGUGAUGAAUGCGAAUUUGCUCAUGGAGUUUUUGAGUAUUGGCUUCAUCCUUCACGUUACCGUACACGUGCAUGCAAUGCAGGACGUUUUUGCCAACGUAAGGUUUGCUUUUUUGCUCACACACCCGAACAACUUAGGUCUCAAAAGAAACAUAUGUGUCGUCUUUUGUAUAGGGCACGAAUGAGCGGUGAGGAUGGGCUCUUUGGGACUGGAUCGAACAGUGAAGAUGGUGCCGCAUCAUCGCCGAUGUUUGGGUCCCCUAUGGCCAUCAGGAUGGAUGGUGGGAGUUAUUUUGACGGGGUUUCAGAUUUUUUGAAUAAUUUGACAAAUUUAAAGAUUGCUAAUGAAAAUGAUCAUGAUCAAGAAAUCAGGGGUCUUAAGAAUGGAGGGAUCAGUGAAUUUGAUUUGGAAUUGCCACACAUUGAUUGGAUUUCUGAGUUGGUGAAGUAA